GUCGAGGUUACGCCUCGUCCCCCCAUCACCGACGCCAAAAUGUCGAAACCAAACCCCUUCUUAAAUCUCUUCAGGAGAUACUACUCACAAAGGAUAACCCCUCUAUCACGAACCACCUACGCACCACAUUCCAGCCCGCAAUGCCUCCGCGCACGCCUCCACCCGCAAUUCCUCCUCUUCCGCACCCAAAAGCGCAAUGUAGGCGGCGGCCCCGGCCUCGACCCAAACUUCGUCUCUAUCCUCGACCGGCCAGCGAAGAUGGCACGCGCAGGCAAACAACACGGACCAGGCCUCAUCAUCCUCGCCAUCAUACCCGUAACCGCCUUCAUACUUGGGUGCUGGCAGGUGCAACGGCUCGGCUGGAAAACAGAUUUGGUCGCGCGAUUUGAAGAUCGACUGACGUUCCCGCCACUGGAACUCCCGCUGCGGAUCGACCCAGAUGCCAUCAAGGAUUUCGAUUAUAGAAAGGUGUAUGCGACGGGUGUGCUGCGACAUGACCAGGAAAUGCUGAUUGGGCCGCGCAUACUGGAUGGCGAGGAGGGGUACACAGUUGUUACACCUUUGGAGCGCAGGGAUGCGAGGGGCAAUGUGCACAAGAUAUUGGCGUGUAGGGGGUGGAUCAAAAAGGAAGCGAGUCCGCAGUGGUUUCGCAAGAAGAACGGGGCGCUGCCAGAGGGAGAGGUUACGAUUGAGGGGUUGUUGAGGUUGCCACCAAAGGGAAACAUGUUCACGCCGAAGAAUGAGCCAGAGAAGGGGAAAUGGUUUUUUCCGAGUGUCGAGGAAAUGGCAGAGUACAGUGGGAGUCAGCCAGUUUGGGUGGAGGAGACAAUGACGCCGGAUUUGCUCACAAAUUACGAGCGCGAACCAAAGGGCAUACCAAUUGGUAGGGCACCAACGGUAAAUCUGCGUAACAAUCAUACACAGUACAUCUUCACAUGGUACGCAUUGAGUUUUGCAACAUCUGUAAUGUUCUGGAUGGUCGUCAAGAAGCCCAUGUCAGGCACCCAGCGACGGGUGCGACAGAGCGUGGACUGGUCAUAAGGCAUGAUUAGGCCGCCUUAGUCUUCGUGUUCUUCUUGUAUAGGUUCUGGCCGCUUGCGCUUUUGGCUUCUGAGCUUGACCGGGGGUUGCAUGCGCAGCUGCUGAACCAGUUCCCGAGGGAGCAUCUUUUGUGCAAGCGAAAACGAUGUACUGCUGUCAGUCGUUUUGCGGGUUCUUUUCAUGAGUGCGAUGACGUCGCUCUCCUCAAUCAUCCUCCGUCCACCGUGCUGUGCAUAAGCUGCGAGAUCAAU